UCGCUUGGCAUCAGACUGGUGUGUGUGCCGACCUUGUUCCAGCGACGAGCUACCCGAAAGCCAGCUGUUUGCAGCGCAUACAUUUCAGGCUAAAGCCAGCGGUCCGGCACGCAUUUUACCCCCCUCUUUUUCCAGGGCUGCGGUAGUCGCCUUGUGUUUUACCGUCAAAAUGAGUCAGGAUGUGAUGGGGUGCUGCCCUGCUAUCGCUAGCUAGGCGGACAAAUUCCUUCAACCAACUCGCUGUUUCAAUCACUGCGGGUUGACACAACAUUAGCCGAGGCGUUGUUAAGUGAGCUAGCGGGCUAGCAAGGCUGCUACCGUAGCCGUUACGUGUGAGUUAGCCAACGUUAGCUAAUGUAGUUAGUUAGAAAACGGGACGCAUCGCUGCGGCGUAGAUAGUGCAAUAACGGUUAUUAGCUUACUAGCUACGGACUACUACUUUUUUCCCCUAGCGUCAGUUAGCUAGCUAACGUUGGUGAGACUGCACAGAAAUCAACUGUUACGGGUUUGGAUGUCGCGACACUGCAGUUUUGAACCACUUUUGGCGGAUUGUGAGGACAGAAUUGGACAGAAAAAGACAAGCUAGACUCGGAGCACCAGGUGACAAGAGGGGGUUAAUGAUAUAAACCAGGUGUUAAGUGGCUAAUCUGCGGCGGUUGCAGUCAUUUUUGACAUUAGCUGUUUUAAGGCAGAGCAUCUCGGGGAGGCCCCGCCACCAACGUCUCUUGACUCCCUCCUCCCCCCUGUCCGAAUCUCCCGUGAUUUGCCGAGAUCACCCGGGUGAAGUCGCAGUCGCUCUCGGCUGGGGGGACAACUUGACAACGAGGCCCCUAGCUAGUCUCCCCUCCCCCAGUCCCGGUCCAUCCAUCCUCUCCAGCCCGACAGACCCGCCUCAUCUCGCCCGAGAUCGACGCGAGGGCCGGGGAAUUCGGGGAGAAGCUGAAACCGUGUGUCGGGUCCCGUCUUAACCGGGCUGCCAAAACCAGAGGGGAUGACUCUGGAGUCCAUGAUGGCUUGCUGCCUGAGCGAAGAGGCGAAGGAGUCGAAACGAAUCAAUGCAGAAAUUGACAAACAACUCCGCCGAGAUAAGCGAGACUCCAGGAGAGAGCUGAAAUUACUUCUCCUCGGUACGGGAGAAAGCGGCAAGAGCACCUUCAUCAAGCAGAUGAGGAUCAUCCAUGGAGCUGGGUACUCAGACGAAGACAAGAGAGGCUUCAUCCGGCUUGUUUACCAAAACAUCUUCACGUCCAUGCAGGCCAUGAUCCGCGCCACUGAGACCCUUAAGAUCCCCUACAAAUUUGAGCAGAAUCGGUCUAACGCGAUGCUCGUGAAGGAGGUGGACAUCGAGAAGAUCAACGGGUUCGACUACCCUUACAUUGCAGCUAUCAAAAGCCUGUGGGCCGACCCUGGGAUCCAGGAGGCCUACGACCGCCGCAGAGAGUACCAGCUCUCUGACUCCACUAAAUAUUACCUUAGCGAUAUAGACCGUGUGACUGCGGAGGGAUACGUUCCCACCCAGCAGGAUGUGCUGAGGGUCCGUGUUCCCACCACGGGUAUAAUAGAGUACCCGUUUGACCUGGAGAACGUCAUCUUCAGGAUGGUGGAUGUAGGAGGUCAGAGGUCAGAGAGGAGGAAGUGGAUUCACUGCUUUGAGAACGUCACCUCCAUUAUGUUCCUCGUGGCGCUGAGCGAGUACGACCAGGUCCUGGUGGAGUCCGACAACGAGAACCGCAUGGAGGAGAGUAAAGCUCUGUUCAGGACUAUCAUUACCUACCCCUGGUUUCAAAACUCCUCCGUCAUCCUCUUCCUCAACAAGAAGGACCUGCUAGAGGAGAAGAUCUCCUACUCACACUUGGUGGACUAUUUCCCAGAGUUUGACGGUCCCCAGAGAGAUGCACAGGCAGCGCGGGAGUUUAUCCUCAAGAUGUUUGUGGACUUAAACCCAGACAGCGACAAGAUCAUCUACUCUCACUUUACUUGUGCCACGGACACUGAGAACAUCCGCUUUGUGUUUGCAGCUGUCAAAGACACCAUCCUACAGCUCAAUCUCAAAGAGUACAAUCUGGUGUGAGGGCCCACGUACGACGCACAUCUCCCCCCACCACACCCCCCCACCCCCACCCCAUUGCACAAAUGCACACCUCUGUGGGAGUGUGCGCUCAAGUUCACAUGCAUCACACAGCACACCAUGCCGGUUCAUACACACAGACACACACACACACACAGACAGACAGACACACACACACACCAACAGAACCCUUCCUUUUUUUUCCUCCAGUACAACACAUUCACAAAUCCUCCCACCUGCAAACGCCGCCCCUCCUCUUUCACCAAAGCUCGCCCUCUUCCUCCGUCGCUCGGCAGCUUGUUGUGUCAGAGUCCCUCGCUCCUCCCCGAAGCUGCUGCGUGUGUCAGAUUUGGCCCCGGCUGUUGGCUCUGGCACACUUCAUCUGGCACACAAACCUUUCACACGGGCUGUACAGUGACUGAAGGGGACUUUGGUGUUUGUGUGUGUGUGGUACGUGUGUGUGUGUGUGUGUGUGUGUGUGUGUGUGUGUGUGCGUGCGCGUGUAUUUGGGGCAGCAUUGACUAGCGAGGAGCUGUGUUUUGGUGAAUAGCGGCAUCAAACCCCUUUGGCCCUCUGGAGUUAACCCUCAGUGGUGUGAGAUCAGAGCCUCCGUCGUGUCCUUGCUGAGCUCCUGUGGGUGUGGAAGGAAGGAAGAACCAGCGAGUGGCAUCGUGCUGCUCGGGACAGAGCGACUUGGACAGGAAGUGAGGUCGCACACUGGACACAAGGGGGACGGGGCCGAGGAUUCUAUCUCCACCUUGCAUCUAUGAAUGUACCCACCAGUGUGAGCAUCGCAAUUGCAAAAAAAAAGAAGAAAAAAAAUAGAAAUAUAUAUUAUGAAGUAAAUGCAUAUGUAAACACACUUAAGACAAAAAGCACGAGAGGGCAAGACAUAGCUAAUCAAAUCUGUUCAUUGCUGAGAUUUUUUAAAUGUUUUUAAUGAUAGAAAUUUGUUGCUACGUCUACUUCUAUUUAACGAAUAAUGGCUAAACGGAAUGGUGAUAAGAAGUCGUAAGAAAACUUUUGCAAAACAAAAGACAUCUAAAAAAAGAAGCAACGAGAAAUUUACUUGACGUAAGUAUCCUUUAAAGAUUUCUGUGGGAUUUGUUUUUUAUGUUUAAGUUAAUCACAUCGCUUCCCUCCUCCAGAUGUUUUCUGUAUGGAUUCACAGGGACAAUCUUCCAUGUGACACCCCACCCCCCCACCCCCCCCAUCCCCCCACUGACACACACCCCACACCCUUAUUACACAACACUAGUAGCAGGUGACAGGACCCUGCUUUCGACGCAGGCGCGGAGGGGAGCGUGAUGUCAUCAGCCCACAGAGCACACCUGCAGCUCGGGGCUGCGAGUAGCUUAUUCAACAAAAUAAAAGCUGUAAAUGAAACACGCCCACAUCCCCCGGGAGUGUGAAUGGAAUCCAUGUGGUAACAUCUCCGACGACGUCAUACCUGCGUCACUCAGCCGUCCAAUCAGACACACCUCCUGACGGUGACACAGUCAUCACACCAGGAUGUGCUUCUGUUUACUUUUUUUUUUUUCCUUUUUUUACUGUAUAGUCACUUUGUUUAUAUAAAGAUUGCUCGCUGUCGAGUGGUGAGAGGAAGGGGAGGGGAGGGGGGGGCUAUGAACCUUUCACAGAAAACGCACUCUAAAGUCUGCAAACGUCGUUUGUGUAUAUUCGUUUGUAAAUACAUAUACACAAAACACUCCUGUACAAAAACGCUCUGUGGUACACCAUCUUUGGCAAAAAACAAACAAGAAAAAAACAAAAAAAAAAGUAUCAACUUCUUCAUUAGCAUACAGUUUUUCCUAUGAAUUUAUGGUAGUAGUGAUACUGUGAUUAUGGAUUUUGUUCACUUGAUUAAUAGGACUACACAGAGCUGAGCGUCGUCAAGGAGCAAUAGUCAGAGAAAAGAGGCUCCUCCCAACCAGCCUCACGACUCCACACUACUGCUACAGCUCUGGCUCCGGAGUAUACUAACUAGGGCUGGUAAAAAUCUUCACAGUACGGUGACGAGAUGAUUUUAAGAGUAAUUAAAGAUUUUUUUUAUUUAUCUAAUUUAUGGACCAGGUUUGAAGGUGUUGAUAAUUUGACUGCUUUUGAUUCUGUCAUGUUGAAGUGCUCCUUUUCUCAUGGCGGAGCCUACUUGAGUCUGAACUGCUGUAAAAAAAAACAACAACAAAAAAAUAACAAAACAAAAAAAAAACGAAUGUCUGGUAUAGUAAGGACUUUAUCUCUGCUUUAUAUUUCUUAUUGAGACAUUUCCAGUUGUACUUCGCCAUCACAUCUCCAUCCAUGAUAAUACUGUUUGGUUUUCUUUAGGAGCCCUCACAUCUGUUUUGUUUGAUUUUAAAAAGAGAAAAAAAAAGAAACUUGUAUUUCCUCUCGGUUUAUAGACGCAGCGCUGUAACGCAUACCUAGAAAAAAUGUACAGUACGAACGUAGGUGGAACUUUUUUUAUCAGUGAUUGAAGACCCACGCGGUCCAUGCUUGCUGUUUGUAAUUUAACACAAAAAUUCUGUUGUCGGUUUUUUGCAUCGUUAAUUUCCGGUUUUUUGAGGCUUGCUUUGAUAGUGCCAGUGAAGUGCAGAUAUACUUUUUUGGUCUUUGACCUUUUCUACAGGUGACUUAUCCUUCAUCGUCAUUAAGGGCUAUCACAGUGCAUCAGGCAUCAGACAGCGGGGAGUGGAGUACAGGACCACAGUGAACCAAGUCAUCCACUACUAAUCCUUGUUUCUAAAUGGAGAUUACUCGCAGUACGUGUUAUAAGAAGUAUAGGCAGGGUGUUAAUGCAAACAUAAGGUGUGUGUGUAGAAAGUUUACCGACACUAAACAGUUUCCUUUAUGUGUUUCGUUAUGUAUCUGGCCCUUUGGUGAACUAAGUGGACCCAGUAUCCAGCUCUCUGACCUUCACUAUUUGUGUGGUAUCACAGUGUUACCUGUAAUACCUCGUGCAGUAGAGAAACUCCAAUCACUAAAGACACUACUACCAGGACAAGUAUUGCAUGCUUCCCCCAAGUAUUUUGACUUAAUGACCAUGCUUGUGGCUUUGCAUGUUUUAACCCAUUAACUACAAAUAUAAUACUAUAGUGCUGAAUUUCUUCAAAUUGAUUUCCUACUUGUGCAGCUAUUGGUUUCCGUUCAUGUGUAAGGUUUAUAAAGUACCCUGCAGACUCAAAACUUGAUUCUGAGAGAGAAUCUAUACCACAGUUGACUUGCAAUCGAAGAUGCUCUGACCAACCAAGGCCCCGUCUACACGUAUACAGAUCUUUUUUAAAGCGGAUAUUUUCACACGACAUCCUUUUACAAAAUAUCUCAGUCCACGCUGGGACGCAAAAACGACCCUAAAUGCUCGCUCACGUUAGCCACCUUCAGUCUCCUCUCGUCACACACAAGUAGCUAAGUGUACAGGCUAACGUUAGCUUUUUCAAAACACCUCGUCUCUGUUAAUUCCCCUUAAAUAUAAGGAUGAAGGAGCUCAUGCUAAGACACAUGAUGUUUUGGACAUGCAGGUUUCAUCGGCAACAAUCCUACUCUCGAAUUUGUCUCACCGUCUCCUGGUUCGACUGGGUCAAAUCCAAAACUACCGUUUUUGGCCAUCUUUGAACCACGCACGCUGAGGUGGAGCAAAUAACAUUGGGCGCAGCAGACUCCGCCUCCCGUAUUCCAUGGUCACUAAGUUUAAGUGUCAUUAGACCAAGCAGUGCGAACAAAACGGUAGUUCGAUGUAUGUCGUUUGUGGUGCACAAAGAAACAACAGGCAUGUGCAAAUUGUCAUUGUCUCCCAAACACACUGUUUUACACGUCGUCAUGGAUACAAAGUACCCGGAACUUUGGAAAAUCUUAACUUGAGAAGUUGUUUUUGAAAACUAACUCCAUUUUAGUGACCUAAAUGAGUGUUUGUGGUGGAUGAGAGGCCAAAACAUACAGGAAAUUAUACAUUUACAGAAACACCUAUACAUGUAGAUACAGAUACUGAAACAGUAUUAAUGCAACACUAGUGUGACCUUUAACCCCCAAAAUGUAAAAACUGAAUACCACACUGUGUCGAAUUUACUGGAAUGAGAAGUGGAUGAAUGUAACUGAUACAGAAACACAAACUUUUCUGACAAACCUAGUUAAUAUGGAUCGUUUCUGUCCUAAUACUCGAUUGCUAAAUAAGGCUCCAUACUGGCACUAAGCGAUCCAGCAUCGUAAAACUAAGAGGAGUUUCCACCAGUCUGUGGUCUUAUCUGCAUUCCCAUGUAACUUUAAGAACACUAAGAUGACUAGAUGUUCACUGUCACCAAUUUAAAACCAGUUUCAUUCCACUCAGAGUUGUUUUUGUUUUUCCCAGAUGAACAGAAACCAAAGGCUGCUAAAAACGACGGAGAAUCAAUUUAAAUACUGAUCACAGUGACAUAAACUUUAAACACAGAGUUAAUGGGGCUAAAAUAUAUACUUUAUUAAAACACCAGUGUGGUCCUUAACUGCCAUUUUGUCUGCUGAAAAAUGACACUAACCUGGAGCGGAAGAAGCAGACGGCCAACCGUUAAGACUGCUGUCAUAAAGAGGAUGCCAGUAUUGGAGUGGAGCGAUAUAACAGUAUGGAUACCCAAGUAUUUAUCAGUAAUCGUGUUACUGCGUGUUGUGUGCAGCUCUAUUUAAUGGUGACGAACCAUGUUGUAUUUUUAAACUUGACACUACAACUCUGGCACAUGGUGAAGGGCUGACUGGCUGUUAGUGUGGGUUUGUUAGUGCGUUAGCGGCCCAGUGUUGCACAGUGUGUUUUUGACACAUUUUAUCUCAGCAUAUAGGAGCUGGAGGAGAGGGAAGGCAAGUCUGUAUGAAGCUUAAAUCUCAUCCUCUCAUUCUUGUCCAUUUCUUGAGUGACGACCAGCGGAAAGACUGGAUCGGUUUUUCACUACAACACUCUUAUUUAUUGCCUUUCAUUGCCUUGAAUAAUGAAAGAUGGUGUUACCGGCCCUUUUAUGGUUACGGAGAAUACUCUGACCUUAUUUGGGCGGCGGUGGUUGUGUGAUUUCCUUUCCUGUGGGCUUUUUAAAAUAAGUGGAAUCGAACUUAUCUUUUGGACAUCAGUGUGGAGUCAGUGCAUAUUCAAAUCUUAAAUCUUGUUCCCUUUUAUUUGUGUUUUUCAUUUCCUGUAUGAUAAAAAAAAAAAAAAAAAACAUUACCGGAACUCUAUUAUUUAGGACCACUUGAUUUAUUUUUCCUCACUCCAAUGAAACCUGAAGGUCAAUUGUGUAGUGGUGUAUAAAAUGCUGUUUUUUUUUUUCUUUAUUUUGUAUGUAAACCAAAUGUAAAUUAUGUAUUAUACUGAGUGUGCCAACCCCACUCUCUCUAGAGCCAGGCUCUCUCUAAGUGCCAACGCUGUGGUCAUCAUCAAAGGACCACCACCUGAGAUGGCCCCCCCCCCCUUUUUAAAUAAAAACACAACAGAGACUAAAAGGAUAGAUGAUUAAGUACACGCAAAGACUUUAUUCUGUAUUUAAGAUUGAAGAUUUAAAAGAUAAUCUGCUGUUUUUUAAGAAACUGUAAUUAUAAUUGCAUGUGCUGUUUAUUUUGUGUUGGAAGUGAGGGCUUUGAUGUUUUCAUUGAAGCAGAGCCCUCGACGAAGGGGGGUUCAAUCGGUUGGUUAUUAUCGAUUUAUUGAUUUACAUAACUCUUGCCAUAUUUUUUUAUGUGUUUCAUGUAUUUGUUUCAACCACUGUUGCCUGAUCCUCAUUCGAACAUGAACAUGACUUAUGAUCAUUGCCGCCUUCUAAGAGAGAAACAUAAUGACAAGGUAUCUGUUUUAAAUUGAAAUAAAUUUGUUCCUAUACUUGC